GCAUAUGUGUGUGACUGCAGACAUGCACGUGUGUGCUCAUACAUGUGUGACAGGGGCCCGUCAUCUGGCUGUCUCAGUGGGAAGUGGCCGUUCUCACCCGAGAGCGUGGACCACCAGGACGAGGCCAGCGAGGUGGCCACGAGAAAGGCCUCAGACUCAUGCGUCGUGGAGAACGGGCACCAGCCUGGGGCAGGUCCGGGUGACGGAGCCCCGGAGGCGGCCAGAACCUUCCCGGCACUGGAGCCGCCCAGACCUCGCCCCGGGACCCUCUCCUUGCAGCUGCCCCACCAGCCGGUCACGGCCAUCACUCGGGUCUCGGAGAAGUUUUCAGGGGAGACCUCGGCCGCGGCUCUCUCGCCCACGUCUGCCGCCAUCCUGGGGGGGCCCAGCCCGAGCCCCAGUGAGGCCACCGCACCCUGGACUCUGGGUCCCAGCGAGAAGAGUCCUUCCGCCCAGAGGUCGAGCUCCAGCUAUGGGGUGGUGUCGGCCGCCAGCAGUGACAGCCCACCCCUGCUGGCACCCUGGUCGCCGCCAGCCAGCGCCCAGGCCCGGCGCCGGGAGCUGGUCAGGUCGCAGACGCUGCCUCGCACGUCGGGGGCGCAGGCCCGGAAGGCCUUGUUUGAGAAGUGGGAGCGGGACACCGGGGGCAAGGGGAAGGGCGAGGUGCGGGGCAAGCUGAAGCGGUCCCAGAGCUUCGGCGUGGCCAGCGCCAGCAGCAUCAAGCAGCUGCUGCUGGAGUGGUGCCGUCAGAAGACCCUUGGCUACCAGCACGUGGACCUGCAGAACUUCUCGUCCAGCUGGAGCGACGGCAUGGCCUUCUGCGCCCUGGUGCACGCCUUCUUCCCCGACGCCUUUGACUACAGCGCCCUGAGCCCCGCGCAGCCGCAGAAGAACUUCGAGCUGGCCUUCAGCAUGGCCGAGAAUCUGGCCAACUGCGAGCGCCUCAUCGAGGUGGAGGACAUGAUGGUGAUGGGCCACAGGCCGGACCCCAUGUGCGUCUUCACCUAUGUCCAGUCGCUGUACAACCAUCUGCGUCGCUUUGAAUGAAGCCCGUGGGGGUGGACGGCAGGGCGCGAGCCCCCGGGACGCUGUGGGGCGCCGUGCUCCCGAGUCGGGGCGACCCCGCAGGAGCCGCGGGCGUCCUGGUGCGAGGCCCCCCGCGCGAGGGGCUCCAGGAGGAGGGAGCGUGCUCGGUGCUACGUGAUUAUCUCCCUUUAAAUAAAAGGCUUGUCUGUGGA